CUUGGCGACGGUAACGGUAAGAGGUUAAACCUGGUAUUUUUUGUAGUAUACUUUUGUGGCUUGACGUACGGCUGCGUCUCUGCUUAUAUCAUUCCGGAGUCUUCAGCUGUCAGUACUGAAAGUAUAAUCAGAGCUGAAAAAAAAUGCUAUUAACACGUACAUGAUAGAACCUAUACGUACACUGGUCUGCUAUUUGUGCACUUGGUGGAUUCCAUUAACUGUAACCGGUAGGUCCUUGUAUACCUAGCACUGUCUAGAAUUUGUGGUGGUUACAAAACUUUCACACUUUGCUUUCUUGAACGCAGCACUGUUCUACAUCUGAACAAAAUUGGAGGUGAAAAAGCUGUUUGAGCAUGUGGUACCUUGCACACCAUCAGUUGUUGCUAGAGCUGUUGACUGGAUUAGAACUCUGGAAAUCAAGCCUGGCAAGAAUACCCUGAAAGCCUUGACUGUAGCCCUUGAGGAUCCCACCUGUGAAGCCCUGUGCAUGGCAACUGAUGGACUUCCAGUUAUAGGUCAACAAGAAAGAUACCAUUUGCUAGCUCUAAAGACACAGAACCGUCCUGUACAUGUUGUCUAUUUCCCUGAGGACUCUGGUUUCACUGGUGCAUGUGAGAUUCUGCAAAGAAUAGCCUACCAGUCAAGGGGAUCAUUUUAUGUAGUGACAUUUAGUCCACAGAGAGAGCUUGAGCAGGUGAUGGCUUUGUCGACUAUGGCUGACUUAGCAACAAAUAGUAAGUGUUGUGGCUUGCACCUACGAGAGACCAGGUGCUGUAAUGCUUUGGGUUGGCACUCAAACCUUUUGCAUCAUCCAUAUUCGCAUGUUCCUGUUUGUACAUGUGCCAAAAUCACAUGUUCAUAUCCUGGCUGCUUGUCUCUGUGUGACGAUGCUGUGGACACAAAUCUACUUUCUCCCAAGCUGAUGAGGGGUCUUCGAGUUCUUGCAAGGAAAGAAAAAGAUGGAUAUUACUAUUUAGGAAAUGUGUGCCAGGAUACAAAGGAGCCUACAGAACGUGUUCUAGUGGAAUUUGACAAAUGCAAAAAAGUAAGAGGAAAGCCCCAGUACUGUAUGCAAGAGACGGCCUGGUAUGACAUAAUCCAGUAUGAGAAUGCACGAAGACAUCCAAUUGGUCCUGGGCACAGAGUACUGGCACCAUGGGAGAAAAAUAUGGACUGCUAUGGACCAGGAACAGUACUACAAGGCAGCGAGAGACGUGAUCCCACUUCUGAGGAUGACAGUAAUGAUGGCAUAAUCAUAAAUUUCUGGAAUGGUAAGACACAUAAUGUCCCUCCUGGUGUGGCUGUGUGGAUUCCACUUCCUCUCAGUGAACGUAUCAUCCUAGAACUUCAGAUGCCCCUCGAAGCAAGGCAGAACAUUUUCAAAUGCAGUCCCGACUAUCCACGUAGUGUGACCUCUGCUUACAGAACCUCAGGAAGCAAUGAUACUAAGUUUUUUACAGCUUACAGCCUUCAUACCCCUGCUGUUUAUCCAACUCUGCAAUGUCACUGUAGCCAGAAACUGUAUCAUAUGCCAACUUACCCACUCUGUCCUUGCUGGGCUAAUGUACUGAUACCUAUCAGGCCUACUUUAACUCUGAAUGUGCUACAUGAUGACAAAAUACCGGGGACAAACAUGACAAUUGAAGAACUAAACAAGAAGGUUCAGAAACAGCUAUCUCUGGGUGGCAUGCCAGUUUCUGAGUACGGUUCUAGCGUUGGCUCACUGCAAGACAAGAGGAGUACAAGAUUUGGCUACACUGAAAACAAAGCAAGAGACAGUUCAUUAGACAAACAGAAGUCUCAUCAUUCCUCUAAUGGAUGUGGCAUAAAGAUAUCCAGGCACACAGAUUCUGCAUUUGAAAAUGAAAAACAUCAUAAAACAGUGGUAGACAAAGCUGUGAACACAAGCAGCCAUUCAUUGAUGAGAGUGAAGAAAAAUGAAGAGAAAUCCAGAAGGGACUGCUUGAAGGGAAAAACUGGAACUUUUUCCAAUGAAACUGAUAUUUCACUGAAAUCAGAUGUACCUCUCUGUGGAACUCAUGAAGACAAACUAAAAGAAAUAAAGGAAAAAAAGGAAACAAGACGUCCAGAAAGAAAAAAAAUGCACCAUGAUCAAGAUAACUGCAAGCAGUUAUUACGAAAGUACCAUAAUAAUAAUGACUUCAGAGGAUAUUAGUCAGUAAUGAUGCAUAUGGCUGCGUUAAAGGUAGUUCCACAAGAGUGUCUUUUCUGCCUCCAUCUCUGUAGAUUGGUAGGCCAAUUAUUAGUAAAAAUGUUAAUAAAAAUGUGCAUAGCAAACAUCA